AUGAAACCUGCCACUACCUUCGCGACAAUCAUGGCGGUAGGUGCUUUCAUUGCAGCAAAAGGUGCGCCGAAUGCACCUGCACUUCGUGGCCUGCGUAUGAACGCAGAUAUACCCACAGUCAAAGAAAAUACCGAGGAAAGCAGGAAGGGCCACCACCACCAUGUCAAGAAAGUCAAGAAAGUCAAGAAAAUCGCUAUUCCCGUGCCUGUGGAGGUGCCGCAUCUCAUUCCUGUUCCCGUCAGCAUCCCGUCCACAGUGGUAGCUGGCUCCAACACUGCCGUCGUUGACUCCACCACCAAUGUCGCCUCUACCAAUGUCGCUUCUACCAAUGUCGCCUCUACCAAUGUCGCCUCUACCAAUGCCGCUUCGAACAAUGUCGUUGCCGCAGGGACUAACGUGGCACUGGGAUCUGCAGCUGUCACGCCAGCUCCGACGACUGCAAAUGGACGUCCAGUGGCAACCCCUGCACCUACGGUAACCCGAGGAUCAAGGGCCACGCCGGCACCAACGAACGUUUCCAGUGCAGAUCCAUCUCCAGCACAACAGCCAGGAGCUGCCGCAGCCAUUCCUCAGUCUGGUGACGCAGGCAUAACCGGGGUCCCAUCGACAGCAAGCUUCGGAAAUAACAACAACCCAGUUGGAGCUGGACUGGGUGCCUCAGGUGCUUCUGGCGGAUUCCCUACAAACACCGGCGGGUUUGGUGGAAAUCCUACGGGCACCAUCGGUGGCGGCUUCGGUGGUGGCAAUCAGAUGCCUGGUUUCGGUGGUGGUAUGUUUGGUGGAGCUGGUGCUGGCAUGGGCGGCUUCAACGGAAAUGGUGUGAACGGCUUCAAUGGGAAUGGUGCGGGCGGCUUCGGGCAACAGACGCGAUUCGGGGCGCAAGGUAGGAACGCGUUUGGUGGAAUUGGUGGGCAGGGUGCAAGGGGGAACUUCGGUCCGACUGGCAACAACGGACUCACCGGUGGCCAGCCUGGGUUUGGAGGUGCCGCACCGGCUGGUGGCAAUGCGUUUGGUAGUGGAGGUUUUAAUCGUCGCGAGCGUCAGCGUCGUCGUUGA